UCAGUGAUGUAGGGUAGUGGCAGCAGGUGGAUGCCCAGCAAAAGGUUAGAAAGACCCGGCGCCAGCGGGGCGGGGACAACGUGCCGGCUCGGCCAGCCCCCGGGGCGUUCCCAAAGCUGGGAUCUGAGUACGGUGCGGGUCUUCGCCCCCAAGUGGCUGCAGCCCAGGUGCGGCGGGACAAGAGGAUGUGCGGCUGGCGGCUGCUGGUGCUGUGGGCGCUGCUCCCCGCGACGGCUGCGGGGAGCUCGGGUCGCUGGUACCCGCACGGCACGGUCCUCGACCCAGAGGGCAAGUACUGGCUUCGCUGGGGCCGCCAGGGUGGACGGCUGGCCUUCCGCCUGGAGGUGCACACGACCGGUUACGUGGGCUUCGGCUUCUCGCCCACGGGGACCAUGGCCGCAGCAGACAUCGUGGUGGGCGGCGUGGCGCACGGACGGCCCUACCUGCAGGACUAUUUCACAAAUGCAAAUAAAGAAUUGGAAAAAGACACCCAGCAAGAUUACCACCUAGACUAUGCCAUGGAAAACAGCACGCACACGGUAAUUGAGUUUACCAGAGAGCUGCACACGUGUGAUGCCAAUGACAAGAGAAUCACGGAUAGCACAGUGAGAGUUAUCUGGGCCUACCACCAUGAAGAUCCUGGAGAAUCUGGUCCCAAAUACCAUGAUUCAAAUCGAGGCACAAGGAGUCUGCGGUUACUGAACCCUGAGAAAGUCGAUGUGUUGUCUCCAGCCUCACCAUACUUUGAUCUGGUAAAUCAAGACGUCCCCAUUCCAAACAAAGGCACAACAUACUGGUGCCAAAUGUUUAAGAUUCCUGAAUUCCAAGAAAAGCGCCAUGUAAUAAAGGUUGAGCCGGUAAUAGAGAAAGGCCAUGAGAGCCUGGUCCAUCACAUCCUGCUCUAUCAGUGCAGCAGCAACUUUAACGACAGUGUUUUGGACUAUGGCCAUGAGUGCUACCACCCAAACAUGCCUGAUGCCUUUCUGACCUGUGAAACUGUGAUUUUUGCCUGGGCCAUUGGUGGAGAGGGAUUUACUUACCCACCUCAUGUUGGACUAUCCCUCAGCACGCCAUUGGAUCCUCAUUAUGUGCUUUUAGAAGUGCAUUAUGAUAAUCCCACACAUAAGAAAGGCUUGAUAGACAGUUCUGGGUUGAGGUUUUUUCAUACUACGGACAUAAGGAAAUACGACGCAGGAGUGAUUGAGGCCGGCCUCUGGGUGAGCCUCUUCCAUACGAUCCCUCCAGGGAUGCCCGAAUUCCGUUCCGAGGGUCACUGCACACUGGAGUGCCUAGAGGAGGCCCUGGGAGCAGAGAAGCCAAGUGGAAUCCAUGUGUUCGCAGUUCUUCUCCAUGCUCACCUGGCAGGCAGAGGCAUCAGGCUGCGUCAUUUUCGCCAUGGGGAGGAAAUGCAGUUGUUGGCUUACGAUGAUGAUUUUGACUUCAAUUUCCAGGAGUUUCAGUAUCUGAAAGAAGAGCAAACAAUCUUACCAGGAGAUAACCUCAUUACUGAAUGUCGGUACAACACCAAGGACAGAUCUGGGAUGACUUGGGGAGGAUUAAGCACCAGGAAUGAAAUGUGUCUUUCAUACCUUCUUUAUUAUCCAAGAAUUAACCUGACCCGCUGCGCCAGCAUCCCAGACAUCAUGGAACAGCUGCAGUUUAUCGGCGUGAAGGAGAUCUACAGACCCGUCACGACAUGGCCUUUCAUUAUCAAAAGCCCGAAGCAAUAUAAAAACCUUUCUUUCAUGGAUGCAAUGAACAAAUUUAAAUGGACAAAAAAAGAAGGACUCUCUUUCAAUAAGCUUGUCCUUAGCCUGCCCGUGAAUGUGAGAUGUUCCAAGACAGACAAUGCGGAGUGGUCGAUUCAAGGGAUGACAGCAUUACCUCCUGAUAUCAAAAGGCCUUAUAAAGCAGAACCGUUGGUAUGUGCCAUGUCAGCUUCUGCUCCUCUGCAUGGCAUUUUCUCUCUCAGGUUGCUCGUGUGUUCUCUGCUUCUUGGAAGUAUGAUGAGCACCCGGGGCUUCUGACUGCUGUACUUGGUGAUGCUAGAGUAUGGAAUCAGAGACUGCCUUUAAAGUCAGGUUAAAGACUAUGCUCAUGUUGGGCCCGAAGAGACGGGUGUGAAGAGCACAGAGACUUUCAGUACGCACACUCCCUCCAUUUUCCUCCGCAGGGUACCCGGACAAUGUCACUGGGAUUCUCAAGGGUUUCCUUAUAAAAGCAGAUGUUCUGUGCCUAUGAUUAGUAAAAUGAAACAGACCCGACUAAAUUGCUUUGAAAGUUCAAGGAGUCAAGUAGAAAGAAAAGAAUCUUUCAUUUUUUCCACAUUCUGUGUUAUUUCAAUACCCAUUGUUCAGCCUGACACCCAUCCUUCUUUUCAUCAACAACAUCAAAGGAAUGCUUGUGAAUUACUCUGUACUCCAUCCUUCUUCCUAGUUGUAACUUGCAAGUGUGAGCACAGCCCUACUCCCUCUGACAUUGCCCAGCCCCUGUGUUCUCUGUGACCUCUGACCUCAGUGCUUUUCGGUGGUACCGCUCCUGUUUCUUUACUUGUCUGAGUCUGUUGAUACCCAAACCCACAUCAAAGUAUCUCCCUGUUUCUGCAGUACUGCUCUGCUCAAUUUUUUUCUUAAACUCUUUAGCGCUCUUAAAAGAAAGAGAUUGUGAUAAAUGUAGAGAUGGUGGUGGCUGAUUGUAGGCUAAGAAAAAAAUACAGAUGGCUGCAAAUCCUUUGCUAUGAAGGGGCCUAGAUGAGAUUCCAAAGCAGAGCAGACAGGGUGAGCAGACAGGAAGCCAUGGGGUCUGUAAGGUUCCUCAUCGUUGGGUGUUACAUUCUGGCUCAAUCUGAAUCAUAUUUCCUAUGAUAGAUUUAUUUUUAUAUUAGUUGAUGGACUGACUUCCAAUAUAAAAUUUUCACCAACUGAAGAACCUAUCACUCUUUUGGUCUAUUUGUACUAGCUAGUUAAAUUUUGUUUUAUGUCUCCUUUCCUUAUCUAUGUGAUCCAUAUUUAGAUCAUAUUAAUAAACUUAAUGGAAUUAAAGUUUUUAUGGUAUAAUUAUGUGGUCCUUGAGGGAACCAAGUGGUUGUGUACUGAUGUCAAUAAAAGCAGCUGAGCAACUGUAUUUUGUCCACUUUAAGCCCUUUCUGUCCUCCAAACAUAAGCUAUAUUGUCAUUUAAAUAAAUAUUAUGUUUU